AUGUAUAUAACAUGUCAGAAGGUGGCCGUUGCAUUUUUGAUGAUUACCGUGGAGGAAGUGAGAUGUCCGAUAACAAAACAUGCCAUCGGAUACGGGCUUCUAUUGCAUUCAAUGAAAAAUCCAAAAAUGAAUCAUUCGUUGAAAAAUAUCUGUAAAACAUGUUUUGCUAAGCACUUCUGUUCUAUAGCAUUUUGCCGACAUUUUAUUGAAUUGCAUGAAAUUAAUUUCUGUUCAGCAUCAUUUCAGGCAACAAAAGGAAAAACUUCAAAGUAUCACUGUGCCUCAUGUUCUUCAACUUUCUUCCUGAAGGAACAGCAAAAUUAUGUCAGCAAAGAAGCUGCCUCAAAUCGACUUUCCUAA